UCAUGGCAAGAUGGAAAUAAAAAGGGGGAGGUCAUUUUGGAUCUUCUGCCUCAUUUGGAGUUGUUGCAAGGGCAAAGAACCAGUUCAGAUAGUUCAGGUCUCUACCGUCAGCAGGAGUGAAUGUGCCACCUGGGGCAACUUCCACUUCCAUACAUUUGACCAUGUGAAGUUCACUUUUCCUGGAACCUGCACGUAUGUCUUCGCUUCUCACUGCAAUGACAGCUACCAGGACUUCAACAUCCAAAUCAGGCGCAGUGACAAGAAUAACUUCCUGAUUUACUUCACCGUCACCAUUGAUGGAGUCAUCUUGGAGGUGAAGGAGACAGGCAUCACUGUGAACGGGAACAAGAUCCCCAUGCCCUUCAGCUUGAAGAGCAUCCUGAUUGAGGACACCUGCACUUACUUCCAAGUCACUUCCAAGCUGGGCCUGACACUCAAGUGGAACUGGGCUGACACUCUCCUACUGGACUUGGAAGAAACAUAUAAAGAGAAAAUAUGUGGUCUGUGUGGGAACUAUGAUGGCCGGGAGAGGAACGAUUUGAUUUUGGAUGGGUAUAAAAUGCAUCCGAGGCAGUUUGGGAACUUCCACAAAGUAGAGGAUCCAUCAGAAAAAUGUGCUGAUGUGAGUCCCGAUGACCAUGCUGGAAGACAUCCUAGGCGGGGAGACAGUAGAUGCAGUAAAUACAAAAAAAAAUGCAAGAAACUUAUGUCUCGUUUUGGAAACUGCCCCAAAGUGGUUGCAUUCGACGACUAUGUGGAGACCUGCAGUGAGGACAUGUGCCGCUGUGCAGUUAAUUCUUCUGACUCUGAGCUGGUCUCCAGCUGCAUAUGCAGCACUUUAAACCAGUACUCUCGAGACUGUGUCCUCAGGAAGGGAGACCCUGGGGAGUGGAGAACGAAAGAACUUUGCUAUCAGGCAUGUCCACACAACAUGGAGUACAUGGAAUGUGGAAACUCCUGUGCUGACACCUGUGCCGACCCCGAAAGGAGCAAGAUUUGUAAAGCUCCGUGUACGGAUGGGUGUUUCUGUCCUCCCGGAACUAUCCUUGAUGACCUCGGUGGCAAAAAAUGCGUCCCCAGAGACAGCUGCCCCUGCAUGUUUCAAGGCAAAGUCUACUCAUCUGGAGGGACUUACUCCACUCCCUGCCAAAACUGUACUUGCAAAGGAGGCCACUGGAGCUGUAUCUCUCUGCCCUGUUCUGGAAGUUGCAAUAUAGAUGGAGGAUUCCACAUAACAACCUUCGAUAAUAAGAGAUUCAAUUUUCAUGGCAACUGCCAUUAUGUCUUAGCCAAGAACACUGAUGACACUUUUGUGGUGAUUGGGGAGAUCAUCCAGUGUGGGACGUCAAAGACAAUGACAUGCUUAAAGAAUGUCUUGGUCACACUGGGAAGUACUACUAUAAAAAUAUGUUCCUGUGGAAACAUCUAUAUGAACAAUUUCAUUGUGAAGCUGCCAGUGAGCAAAGAUGGCAUCACCAUAUUCAGACUCUCUACGUUUUUUGUCAAAAUCCUGAGCUCAGCUGGAGUACAAAUUCGAGUGCAAAUGAAACCCAUAAUGCAACUCUCCAUAACAGUCGAUCAUUCGUAUCAGAAUCGCACAUCUGGUCUUUGUGGCAAUUUCAAUAACAUCCAGACCGAUGACUUCAGAACAGUCACUGGAGCUGUGGAAGAUUCAGCUUCUGCUUUUGGUAACUCCUGGAAAACUAGAGCCAGCUGUUUUGAUGUUGAGGACAGCUUUGAAGAUCCCUGUUCAAACAGUGUGGAUAAAGAAAAAUUUGCCCAGCAUUGGUGUGCUCUUCUGUCCAACACAAGCAGUGUGUUUGCUGCCUGCCAUUCUGUCGUAGACCCUUCUGUGUACAUCAAGAAAUGCACGUAUGACACCUGCAAUGCUGAGAAGAGCGAAGUCGCGCUGUGUAGCGUGCUCUCUACUUACUCCAGAGACUGUGCGGCAGCAGGCAUGUCCCUGAAGGGCUGGAGGCAGGGCAUCUGCGAUCCCUCAGAGGAGUGUCCUGAGACUAUGGUUUAUAACUAUAGCGUGAAGUACUGCAACCAGUCGUGCCGCUCGCUGGACGAGCCCGACCCGCUGUGCAAAGUUCAGAUUGCUCCCAUGGAGGGUUGCGGCUGCCCGGAAGGGACCUACCUCAACGACGAGGAGAGAUGUGUCGCUCCAGAUGACUGUCCCUGCUACUACAAAGGCAAGAUUGUUCAGCCUGGCAACUCCUUCCAAGAGGACAAACUGAUGUGCAAAUGCAUUCAAGGAAGACUGGACUGCAUUGGAGAAACUGUCCUGGUGAAAGAUUGCCCAGCUCCUAUGUAUUACUUCAACUGCAGCUCUGCAGGGCCCAGUGCGAUUGGAUCCGAGUGUCAGAAAAGCUGUAAAACGCAGGACAUGCACUGUUACGUCACAGAAUGCGUUUCUGGCUGCAUGUGUCCCGAUGGGCUGGUGCUGGAUGGCAGCGGAGGGUGCAUUCCCAAAGACCAGUGCCCAUGUGUCCACGGAGGGCACUUUUAUAAACCCGGGGAAACCAUCAAGGUGGACUGCAACACAUGCACCUGUAACAAAAGGCAGUGGAACUGCACAGACAACCCCUGCAAGGGAACCUGCACUGUCUAUGGCAACGGGCACUACAUGAGCUUUGAUGGGGAGAAGUUUGAUUUCCUUGGAGACUGUGACUACAUCCUAGCUCAGGAUUUUUGCCCCAAUAAUAAGGAUGCUGGCACCUUCCGAAUUGUAAUUCAGAACAACGCCUGUGGGAAGUCACUCUCCAUCUGCUCCCUAAAGAUCACACUGAUUUUUGAGAGCAGUGAAAUCAGGCUUUUGGAGGGAAGAAUUCAGGAAAUAGCAACCGAUCCAGGAGCUAAGAAGAAUUACAAAGUGGAUCUCAGAGGAGGUUAUAUUGUAAUUGAAACAAAUCAAGGGAUGAACUUCAUGUGGGACCAGAAGACUACUGUUGUUGUUCAUGUGGCACCAGCUUUCCAGGGAAAAGUCUGUGGCCUUUGUGGGGACUUCGAUGGCCGCUCCAGGAAUGACUUCACGACCAGAGGACAGUCCAUGGAGAUGAGCAUCCAGGAGUUUGGAAACAGCUGGAAAAUAACAAGCACCUGCUCAAAUAUAAACAUGACGGACCUGUGUGCCGAUCAGCCUUUCAAGUCUGCCCUGGGACAGAAGCACUGCAGCAUCAUUAAGAGCAGCAUCUUUGAAGCCUGUCACAGUAAGGUAAACCCAAUUCCGUAUUAUGAAUCCUGUAUUUCGGACUUCUGUGGCUGUGACAGCGUGGGAGACUGCGAGUGCUUUUGUACCUCUGUGGCCGCUUAUUCAAGGAGCUGCAGCCGAGCGGGUGUCUGUGUCGACUGGAGAACACCCGCUAUUUGCCCUGUGUUCUGUGACUAUUACAACCCACCUGACAAGCACGAGUGGUUCUAUAAACCCUGUGGAGCCCCUUGCCUAAAGACCUGCAGGAACCCACAAGGGAAAUGUGGGAACUUGCUCUACAGUUUAGAAGGCUGUUACCCAGAGUGCAGUCGUGACAAGCCGUAUUUUGAUGAGGAGAGCAGGGAGUGCGUCACCCUCCCCAACUGCACAUCAUGUGAUCCUGAAGAGAAACUAUGUACUGAAGACUCCAAAGGUAACUUUUUGCCAUUCAUUGGGUGA